UUUUUUAGAUCGGCCAAAGUAGGUUCGUAACGUACGUUGGCAUUACUUCCGGUCACUAUAUAUCUGAAUUAAGUGUGUACUGCAGCACAACAAAACAAACGCGUAAUUGGAGGUUCAGUUAUUUGGCCACGUAGAAUCAUCGCAUCGAGUUGUCUUAACUAGGUCUGGAUUCAAGACGCGCCAUGGCAGCUGAAUUUAUGAAGUCACGACGAGAAAGUGCAAGUUACUUCUGGUACAUGGAGCAUGAACUUGGCCAUGGGGCAACUGGCAAUGUUUAUAAAUGCCAAGACAAAAAAACAGGGAAGGAAUUUGCAGCAAAGGUGUUUAAUGUACAUGGAAUGAACAGACCAGAAGAUGUGACUGGACGAGAGCUGAAUGUUCUGAGGAAACUUAAAAACUGUACACAUGAAAAUAUCGUGAGAGUUAUUGAAAUCGAAGAAGAGAUGAAUUUCGACACCUAUGUGAUAAUCAUGGAGUAUUGCUCAGGAGGAAGCCUACAUAGUAUGUUGGAUAAACCCGAGAAUGCGUUCGGUUUUGAUGAGAAUGAUUUCAAACAAGUCGCCUUUGAUGUUGUAUCUGGUAUGAAAUAUCUGAAUGACAAUAGCAUGAUUCAUCGUGAUAUAAAGCCUGGGAAUAUCUUGAGAUAUAUCAAAGAUGACUACAGCUCCGUCUACAAGUUGACGGACUUUGGGGCAGCAAGAGAACUUGCACCUGAACAAGAAUUUAUGUCAAUUUAUGGGACAGAAGAAUAUCUGCAUCCUGAUAUGUUUGAACGAGGUGUCCUAAAAUUUUCUUCCAAAGACAAAAAGUUCACAGCAAACGUUGAUUUGUGGAGUCUUGGGGCUACAUUUUAUCAUGUUGCAACUGGUAAACUGCCGUUUAGACCUUACGAGGGUAGAGUGGACCGUCAAAAAAUGUUUGAAAUAACUAGUAAAAAAGGACCGGGAGAUAUUUCUGGUAUCCAGAAAGAAAAAGACGGACCCAUAGAAUGGAGUAACAAACUACCCGAGCAUAGCAGAUUGUCACAAGGGUUAAAAGAACAUUUACUGAAAAUUCUGCCCAGACUUCUUGAGACAGAUCCAAACAAAGGAAUGAAGUUUGAUGAACUGUUCCAAGCCAUGGAAAAGAUAAAGGCAAUGAAGGUGAUUCACGUUUAUAGCGUGCAUUCCGGAACAAUUCAUUUAAUUUAUGCAAAUCCAGAAGACAAUUUUGCUCGUUUCCAAGAGCUGGUUGCAAUUCAAACUGGUGUGAGUGCCCGACAACAAGAUUUAUUUUACAACAACUAUACUUUCAAACCAUGCUCAAUGGCGACUGUUUCGACAUAUCCCAAUACAACGGAACAGAGACCAAUACUGGUUCUUGGUGGGGACAGUAUACCCUCGGAGAAAAUUUCUGCCCAAGUGGAUCUAAAGAAGCCGAGAUUUCACACUUCUACAAACAUAGAGCUUUUGGAAUCUGAUGCCGCAAUAAGCAAGGUGGCGGCUUCAAAUAUACAAUGGUGCUUGCACAAUGUGAAAAACGUUGACGUAUCAACGAACUUGACUUUGGAGGCAGCUCAAAACGUCAUGACAUUGUUAAAACGAAAAGCAAGAAAAUACCUUGACGACGCAAAAGCAAUCGAAAAUCACUGCCAAAGCAUAGUGAUGAAGCACCAAGCUUGUCUCAAUGGAUGUAACUUUCAAGUGGAAGUUAUGCAGACAAUAGGCAAUGAUGAAGAUAUUCCCAAAGAAAUUGUCGCCGAGCUGGAUACCUUGAUUAAAGAGACCGAUAGUUUUAAGAAAAACAUGGAAAAGCUUCAAGGAGAAAUGGUUGCACCGUUGGAAAAGUUACGUACUACGGCACAGACCUUGCUUUCUGAUGGCGAAUUGGCGAAAAAAUGGGAAAAUAUGAACAUUGAUGACAAGCCUGAAAAGUAUGUUGCUAAGAUAAAAAUGUACACAGAGAAAGUAGAAGAGAUCACAGGACGUAUUCAAUGGAGAAAAAAGCAUAGAUAUAAUAUUACCAGGGAACAUUUAGAACAACAUAAGUUUGACAGAUUUCAUUUGGAAGAGUACUUUACGAAGGCCAAAGAUGCAAUGGACGCCUGUCAAAACCGAAGACAAAAGUUACAUGAGAAUUUGCAGAAGUGGUUGGAGGAGGUGUUCACCUGUCGAAGCAAUUUGAAGCAAAUGCGCAAAGAAGUAGAAUCGUUUAUUGACAUGUUUAAUGCUCUGGCAUCAAGUGAAGAGAAGUGGCGUGCCGAUCACAUGACAAGAAUGAAGAGCGUUGUGAGUAAAGCUCGUCACCAGGUUCGCCGCGCAAUCAGUACGCAAAGUUCUACAUCUGACCAACAGUCGUCUUCAGAAGAUGCAAGAAAUGAUGGUGACGUUGUGCAACUUGGUUCAGAUUUUAUUGACGACAUAAAUGACAAGCUACAAGUUCUUACAACUGAAACAAAAGAAGCAAAAUCUCAGUUGAAAAAAGGCUCUGAAACAUUUCAAAAGUUUGUUGAAGAUCUCAUUGAAGGCUUGAGUGAAAAGACUCGAGAAAUGCAAAAUGAGCAACAGAUCGAUCCCACACGAGCUUCGUGAAGAGUGCAUUCAUGCAUCAUGAAAGGCAUUUUAAAUUACCAAAGGAGCCCGCUUUAUGUAUUCUUAUGGAGUGGAAACUUGUAAUUCCAAGAUAAUCAUAUACAAUCUUAGAAAAGCCAAAAAUAAGCUUCUUGUUUUGCGAAAAAUAUUCUUGAUUUCCUAUUUCCUUCAGAUAGUUAUUGGAAAAGGCCAUAUAUUUAUCGUUUGUCCGGGUUUCCAGGCCUCUUUUCGAUGUUUACUUCUCUGCUUCUCUGUUUUAUAUUUGUUCUAUAUUUUAUUUACAUUAGUCUGUUCGUUAUAUCACUGAUUUGAUCAAUAGUAUACCAUAGUUAUUUGUAUUGGAUAUUGUCAUAAAUUAUACAACGAGAUAAAAAUUCAA